AUGCGGGUCACCCUCACCGACCGGGAUCCCAAAGGCUCGACCGUGUGGUUCCAUGGCGCCGAGUCGAUGCUAGCCGGCGCGGGCGCGGGUCUGGUCACCUCGGUCGUCACCUGUCCGCUCGACGUCAUAAAGACUCGUCUGCAAGCCUCGGGCGCGACGACCGCUCCGAGAGGACUCAUAGGUAAGCCAUCGAGCCCUGCUCUGGGUCGUGUCCCUGAUUUGCGCGGGGCAGGACAGGACCACGUUGGCGACUGGCGGGAGCUGCGAUUGCACGAGCCGACGGGUGGCGGCCGCUGGACCAGCUGGUGAGCCGCUGGCGGGCCGCUGGCGAGCGAGCGUGGCGCGUUGGCGCAGGCCUGCACUGGCUCUCACUGGCUCGCAGUCUCGCGGUCUCGCAGUCGGCGCCCCUCUUUCGCUUGGGCUCUUUUUCCUUCCUCUCGUCGCCGAUCGGACCCUGGCUCUUCUCCAGGUGUUCAUGCACGCACUGUCCCCGUGAUCAUGACCUGAGACGGCGAGCCAGCAUGCCUACCAUCUGGUCCCUCCCUUUCUUAGUGCAUGGCACUCACUGACGACCUCCUCGAUGCUCUCUUCGCACGGUCGAACGGGGAUGACCAGGCACGUGUGUCCACAUCGCAUCGACCGCUGGCUUCCGCGGCUUCUAUCGAGGCCUAGGACCAACCAUCAUCGGGUACCUCCCCACAUGGGCCAUCUACUUCACCGUGUACGACAAGAUCAAGUCGACCAUGGGCCGAUCAAGAGGUCAGUCUCCCUCCCUCCCGUCCGCUGGCCACUCUCGGCGCAUUUGUCUCCUUUUUCCUCCCUCGUGCCCGUGCUUCAUCCGCACGCGUCUCGUCCGGCUCGUAGACUCGUAACAAUGGGGCCAAGAUCCCACAAAGCAUAAAUGAGCCGAGCGCGUAAAGAGGCCACCCCCAACAACAGUCUACAGGAACAAGAUGACUAUCAACUUUACAUCCUUAGACCUCUGACGAACCUUCCGUCCUUUCCUCUACGCCCUUCAAACUCCUUGCGGGGGGAAAGGUGGUGCACGAAGGGGCGGAUGAAUCUGAAUAUUAGACAAUACUCCCGGGAGGGCGUCUGAUUCCGAGACUGUUGUUGAUCCUUGAACUGCGCCGCCGAACAUCUCGAUUGAUUCGACCGAUGGACGGAGCGACUCCGGCUUCACCCUCUCAGACGCUUGGCUGGAAAGCAUCCUUGGUUACUCACACACAUCUGAUGACGUGCAGGAAACGAUGACCCGAUAUCGCACAUCGUCGCGGCCAUGGUCGCCGGAGCAACGGGGACAAUCGUCACAAAUCCUCUCUGGGUCGUCAAGACUCGGUUCAUGGUAAGCGACUCAGACCGCGCACCGUGAUAGCGGCCGUAGCUGUUGCUGAUCAACGAUCUCGGCCCAUUCAGACCCAAACCACAGGACCGAACGAGCCGCGGUAUUCGCAUACAUGGGACGCCAUCAGACGAAUCUACCACACCGAAGGGAUACAAACGUUCUACCGAGGGAUGGUCCCAAGCUUGAUUGGCGUCAGCCAUAUUGCGCUUCAAUUCCCACUCUAUGAACAGCUCAAAGUCUACAAUCGUAAGCUUUCCGCCCCAUCUGAAUCAGUCACUCGUUCGCAAUUCUAAUUCGUUUCCCUCACGCCGAUUCUUGUAGGACCGCCUGACGGAUCCGACAUCCCAUCCUCGACGAUCCUCUAUUGCUCCUCGGUGUCUAAAAUGAUCGCAUCGGUAGCUACCUACCCCCACGAAGUACUCCGUACCCGACUUCAAAUCCAAAAGAACGUACAGACACAGACAUCGGGACCGAUACCUCACGAGGGGGCGACCCCGCCUGUUACCCGAUCGUACGAAGGCGUGGCGGCUUUGUUCAAACGGAUCUUGCGGACGGAAGGCCCAUCGGGUUUCUAUCGCGGCAUGGGCGUCAAUUUGAUCAGGACGGUACCGUCGAGCGCAAUGACGAUCCUAACGUGAGUUUCGUUUCCUUCCAAUCUGCCGCUCGCUGCACGAUUCGGCUCCGUUGCUCGACCGACCGAGACUAACCUAUGCCGGAACCCGAUGCUUCGAUUGUCUCGCAGAUACGAGGUCCUCAUGCGACGGCUCUAUGCCUUGUCUCAUCCUCAACCUGAAAAAUCGUGGUGA